AUGUGCCUCAACCGUUUCGAUUUCCCAUGUGCAGGAAUAACAGAGGCAGGAUAUCGCAAACUUGGGGACAGAAAGGCUACUUGGAAAUGCAAUACCUGUAAGACAGGAACUGCGAGUCCUAAUCUUUCUUCCGAGAAAACAGUACAAGGAAGGGUACCAUCUUAUGGUGAUCUGGAGAAUAUUCGUCUUGAGCUUAGUAAGAUUACCAAACAAAUAUCGUCAUUACCACAGUUAAUUGCAAGUGUCAAGACUAUCCAGGCUGACAUCUCAGAUCUUAAGGAUAUGAAGAGUGAAAUGAUGGACGUUAAAAACUCCUUGAACCAUGUGCACACUUCGGUUGAGGGACUUACUAACAAAUUGACCGAGAUCGAUCGGGAAAUUCAGUCUCUUCAAAAAACUAAGGAUGAUGUUGUACGUGUUGAACAUCGAUUGGAGAAGCUUGAGGCCGCUGUACGCGAAAAUCAGCAAAGAUCGCGCCUGAACAACAUUGAGAUCAAAGGCGUUCCUGUAACCUCCUCUGAAAAACUACGUAGCAAGAGUACCUCAGCGUAA